CUUAGCCCACUAGUUUUGGGCUUGGUUUGGCUUCACUUUACUGUCUCCACUUCACUUCAAUUCAGUCCACAGUGGUUCCAGAAUCCAAACGCACAAGCCGAGAUGAGCGUCGCCGGCCACCGGUCGUCGCCGGCGCCCGCGCCGCUGGACCUGGACGACGACGACCUGCUCUCGGAGAUCCUCCUCCGCCUGCCUCGUCUGCACCCGCUGGCGCCGCGUCGUCUCCGACCGGGCCUUCGCCCGCCGCUUCCGCCUCCACCACUGCCACCGGAACCCUCCCCCUCUCCUCGGCUACUUCUUCCAAAGCUUCCACGACCUCCACUUCCAGCCAACACUGGAGGCCCCCAACCGCAUCCCGCCAGAGAGAUUCCACAUGGAUCUCAACGAACAGGACCACGGGCGCUGCCGGAUCCUCGGGUGCCGCCAUGGCCUCGCCCUCAUCUACCAACAGCGGCGGAGGCAGAUCCUGGUGUGGGACCCCGUCAACGGCGACCGGAACUACAUCGACGUCCACCCCAGGUUCGAGAUCUACGAGACCCCGAUCCACGGGGCCGUGCUCCGCCGCACCGCCGCUGCCGGCGCCGGAGACGACGAGAACCACUUCCAGGUGGUCUUGGUAGGCAACGACUGGAUGCAGCCGAAACGGGCGCUCGCCUGCGUUUACUCUUCAGAGACCGGCGCUUGGGGUAGACUCGUCUCGACACUCCUUCCACCCGAGCCCAUGGAUUCAACCAGCUUCCUUUCCACCAGGGUUUGCACCAUUGGUCCUGCUGUCAUGAUUGGGGAUUCACUUUAUUGGCCGUUUUCUCUCUGGGAUAGCUCCUGGAUCCUUGAGUUUCAUCUGGGUACGCAGAGCCUAGCUGUGAUGCCGUUGCCGCCGGUGAAUCACGGAUUCACGGUUAUGCGGGCAGAGGGUGGUGGACUUGGUUUACUCUUACUGUCAGACCUCACCGCCCAGUUCUGGAAGAGGAACGCUGAUUGUGGUGGGGAUGGUGCUUCAUGGGUGCUGGGAAAAACUGUUGACCUCGGCGAGCUACUUCCUGUGGACUCCAAGGAAGAGAGAUGGCCUCUGCGUAUUCUAGGGCUUGCUGAAGACCACAAUGUGGCUCUCUUGUGGACGUAUCCCUGUCUAUUCACGGUCCAGCUUGACUCGUUACAGUUCAGGAAACUCUUCCAAAGCAAAAAUAUGUGUCCGUAUCAUCCAUUCGAAGCUGUCUAUACUGCAGGUAUAACAUACAGAACCAAGUUAUUUGAUAUUCUCAUGUUAUUAUUAUUGGAUCAUGUGGUUCGAGUCAGAGCUAUUCUAUUGGGUACGGCCAUCCAUGGAAUAAAACAAUGGACACAAAGAUUGGCAGAAAAUUAUUUUUCAGAGAAAUGGACCCUUUUGCAAGCUGGGAUGCUACUUGGCAUCAACAGUUGCAAAUAAUUCCAGUUCUCACUGGACCCAGUGGUGUAUGUGAUGAAAACAAAACACAUUUUAUUAUUGCUGCUACAAUCACAGCCUUUGAACAUCCUAUAAUAAAACCCCAUGAUCCACCAGCUCUUGAAAUCAUAUCAUCUUCAAACGGAACGGCUCCUAAGCCGCCAUAUCCCCUGCAAACACACAAAAGGAAAUCCUCAGACUAGAAGAAGAAUCAAAAUGGCCGAAAGCAAAUGUUGUUGCUGGUCGUCAUCUUACUGUCCCGCAUCCGCCCUGGUCUGACGAGCCACAGAUGGAGGAGCUCAUGCCGCAGGCCAAGGUCAUCCUGCACGAGUCGACACCGCCGGUGACCUGCAGGUCUCCACGGCCGCAUUUCUCUCGUGUUCGCCUCCAUGUCCUUCCUCUUUGCCGGCAAUGGGUUGAUCUUCUUCAGGAACAAUGGGGGAUGAAGAGAAGUGCCGUUGUGGUGUGUGGUGAGAUCCUGGUGUCUGAGGUGUAGCCGUGUGGGGCUCUUUGUAGCACCCGAGUUCGAAGGGCGAUAUCAACAUUUGACCUUAAUAAUUCAUAAUGUGGCUGAGCAUAGUAGUAUUUUUCGCCGUUUUGCAGCCCCGAUUUUAUGCA